GGUGCGCUGCGCGCGGCAGGUUCGAAGCGCGGGCGCGGCCCGAGUGCUGAGGCGGCGGUGGCGGCGGCGCGAGACGCGAGGCGGCGGCGGCGGCCACGGUCCGGGCGGGUCCCCGCGGCUCCCGGCGGCGGCGCCAUGGACGAGGCCGUGGGAGACCUGAAGCAGGCGCUGCCCUGCGUGGCCGAGGCGCCGACCGUCCAUGUGGAGGUGCACCAGCGGAGCGGCAGCACUGCAAAAAAAGAAGACGUAAAGCUGAAUGUUAGAAAGCUGCUCAACAGACAUAACAUUGUCUUUGGCGACUACACCUGGACUGAGUUUGAUGAGCCUUUUCUGACCAGAAAUGUGCAGUCUGUGUCCAUCGUUGACACCGAACUGAAGGUUAAAGACCCACAGCCCAUCGACUUGAGCACGUGCACCGUCGCACUUCACGUCUUCCAGCUGAAUGAAGGCGGCCCCAGCAGUGAAAACUUGGAGGAAGAGACAGAAAACAUAAUUGCGGCAAAUCACUGGCUCCUGCCUGCAGCUGAAUUCCACGGGCUCUGGGACAGCCUGGUGUACGAUGCGGAGGUCAAGUCUCACCUCCUCGACUACGUGAUGACAACUCUGCUGUUUUCGGACAAGAACGUCGACAGCAAUCUCAUCACCUGGAACCGGGUGGUGCUGCUUCAUGGUCCUCCAGGAACUGGAAAAACAUCCCUGUGUAAAGCUUUAGCCCAGAAAUUGACCAUCAGACUCUCAAGCAGGUACCGCUACGGCCAGUUAAUUGAGAUAAACAGCCACAGCCUCUUCUCCAAGUGGUUUUCAGAAAGCGGCAAGCUGGUAACUAGGAUGUUCCAGAAGAUUCAGGAUUUAAUCGAUGACAAGGACGCUCUGGUGUUUGUGCUGAUCGACGAGGUGGAGAGCCUGACGGCCGCCCGAAAUGCCUGCAGGGCGGGCACCGAGCCUUCGGACGCCAUCCGCGUCGUCAACGCCGUCUUGACCCAGAUCGAUCAGAUUAAAAGGCACUCCAACGUGGUGAUCCUGACCACCUCCAACAUCACGGAGAGGAUCGACGUGGCCUUCGUGGACAGGGCGGACAUCAGGCAGUACGUCGGGCCGCCCUCCGCGGCCGCCAUCUUCAAGAUCUACCUCUCCUGCUUGGAAGAGCUGAUGAAGUGUCAGAUCAUAUACCCCCGCCAGCAGCUGCUGACCCUCCGCGAGCUGGAGAUGAUCGGCUUCAUCGAGAACAACGUGUCCAAGCUGAGCCUCCUCCUGAGUGAGAUCUCAAGGAAGAGCGAGGGCCUCAGCGGCCGCGUCCUGAGGAAGCUGCCUUUCCUGGCUCACGCGCUCUACAUCCAGGCCCCCACCGUCACCAUCGAGGGCUUCCUCCAGGCCCUGUCCCUGGCAGUGGACCGGCAGUUUGAGGACAGAAAGAAGCUCUCCUGCGUGUGACCCGGCUUCCGCCCGGAGAGUCUCCACACUCACGGCUGAGACCUGCAGCCCAGAAACCCACGGGCCAGUGUUGAAGUGUGUCGUACUUACACGGUAUUCUAGGAGGCUUGUGUUUCCACGCUUUCAAGCUCACGUCGGGGGACGGCCAGCCGUCGUUUUCGCUUUUAACAGCCGAUCGUCCGAGCCCUGUGUCUCUGUAAAGACCCGCCCCGUGUCCUUAUUCUGUCCUGCCUCUGGUUGAUCGGACCCAAGAUACUGACAAGUUUUGCUUUCAGAAGAUGAUGGGUGUAUGACUUACAGAAGCGGGAGGAACCGCGCAGCCUUAAGGAUGUAAUCGCAGCCUGAGCUUCAGCGCGCUCCCCUCCGUGAACCACCUUGGAGACUGAUGGGCGGACAGGCCCCGGUCCUGCGUCACAGCACAGGGGGAACGGCGCUCCUCCCGGAGGCAGAUCCAUCUGCCGGGGGGUGUGGGGGGGACUCGCGGCCAGCAGACGCGUUCCCCCCCGCGUCACGGGACGGUCCCGUGCGGUGUGCUCGAGAGCCGCAGCCGUGGCUCGCGUGACACUGAUUCUCAGCCGGGGAGAAAUCGGCUGGCCCGUGGGUGGUGUCCAGAAUCGAGUCUGCUUUCCUCGCACUGAAGUGAAUUUCCUGUGAGCGCUUUGUACACGUUCCUAAGAGAACGUCUUACCUUUUGUUGGAGACUUUAAACAUUAAAAUUCUUUUCCAGAA